AUGACGUCGCUCUUUUCAUUCGUCUGGUUUCUCGCUCUGCUCACGCAUGUCUGUGCUUGGGGACCGCCCAAAUCGCCACACGGUCCUCCUGGACACUACGGAGGUCGACAUACUCAUGGUGAUAGCUUCGUGCCAGACCAAGUCUUGAGACUGACGUACGAAAAUGUCUCGAUCGCUUGUCAGACACGCCCCUCCGCGCUCAUCAAUGGCACCUUGUUCGGGCCAACGUUGAGGCUGAAGCCUGGACGGAGGAGUUGGAUCCGAGUCUACAACGACAUGAAGGACCACAAUGCCACCAUCCACUGGCACGGAUUGAGUAUGCGCAUGGCGCCUUUCUCGGACGGUAGCCCGUCGGCUACUCAAUGGCCAAUCCCUCCCGACCGUUUCUUUGACUACGAGGUCUACCCGUUGCAAUCCGAAUCCGGGACCUACUUCUACCACUCGCACGUCGGCUUCCAGGCAAUGACGGCUUCCGGACCCUUGAUCAUUGAGGAUGUAGCAGAGUCCCCUUAUGCCUACGACGAAGAACGGAUCGUGUUUCUCACGGAUUAUUUCAACAAAACGGAUUCUCGGAUCGAAAAGGACUUGGUCGCAACACCUUUCACCUGGACCGGCGAAACUAAUGCUGUUCUCAUAAACGGAGUUGGCGUUGCCGUCGGGGAGACGGCCGGUAACGGGAGUUGCGAGUUGCCUGUAAUCGAUGUCGAGCCCGGCAAGACCUAUCGCAUGCGCUUCAUCGGCGCCACAGCUCUAUCGAUGGUCCAGAUGAGCAUUGUCGGCCACGACAACUUCACCAUCAUAGAAGCGGACGGUCACUACACCAAGCCUCACACCGAGAAUUUUAUGCAGCUGUCUUCAGGCCAACGGUUUGAUGCCAUCUUCAAAACUAAAACCGAAGAGGAACUCGACGGCACGACCGACUACCUCAUUCAGUUGGAGACCAAGGACCGACCCCAGGUUUACCACGGUUACGGCGUCCUUCGAUAUUCCAAGGCGGAACCGCAGAUCACCACGGCGCCGGCCGCACCUCCGAUUAAAUUCUCCAGGAAGUCCUUCGAGUGGGCCGAGUACGCCUUGGAGCCAUUGGAGCCGAACAACUUCCCCAAGGCCAGCGAAGUCACGCGUCACAUCCACAUUGACAACCGUCAACUCUCAACCCAAACAAUCCUUUGGGAGAUGAACGGACUCCAAUGGAACGAGACCUCGACGCCCUAUCCUGGAGACCAGCCUUACUUGAUCAACAUUUACGAAAAUGGCCCGUCUGCAAUCCCGAACUUCACUGCCGCCAUCAACAACGGCGGCUGGGAUCCAACAACUUUGACCUGGCCGGCAAAAAUGGGCGAGGUACUUGAAAUCAUUUGGCACAACACAGGGUCCCUUGUCAACGGGGGUGGUGGGAUUGACUUCCACCCCCUGCAUGCUCACGGCGGGCAUUACUGGGACAUCGGCAGUGGGAACGGGACUUACAACGCCACCGAGAACGAAGAGAGACUGAAGAACUACAACCCUGUCAAGCGAGACACAACAAACCUGUACAGGUAUGCAGAGAAGACCAAGUCGGGGGACAUUUCUGGGUGGAGAGGUUGGCGCCUGCGCGUGGAAGACGCGGGCGUGUGGAUGAUCCAUUGCCACAUCUUGCAGCACAUGGUGAUGGGCAUGCAAAGUGUCUGGGUCAUGGGAGAUUACCAAGACAUCGUUACCAUUCCCGCCGCCGACGUGGCUGGCUAUUUACAAUACGGAGGAAAUGUUAAUGGCAACGCCUCCUUCGCACCAUCAGUGGUGCACUUCUUUGAGGAAGAAUACUUUACCAAAUAUCAAAUGCCGGGGCUCAAGUCGUUGAUAGAAGCGUGCUCUGCCGCUUGCAACUCUCAUUUUGGGAUUGUUGUCAUACUGGUUGUCAUCUGCCCUACGCUUCUCAUUGUCCAUCGUGCCAUCUACAACCUCUGCUUCCAUCCCUUGCGGCAUUACCCCGGACCUCGCCUAUGGGCAGUCACUAGACUGCCUUGGAACCUCGUCAACCUACAGGGAAAUCUGGCCUGGCGGAUCCGCGACUUGCACGAGCAGUACGGCCCAGUCAUAAGAAUCGCACCCGACGAGCUCUCAUAUACGAGUUCCACGGCAUGGAAGAAGAUCUACGGCCAGCGUUCACCCGAAUUCGUAAAAUGCUUUGACGGCCGCGGAAUCGCCGGGCCGGGAAUCACCAACCCCGCAAUCCGCAACGGCGGCAUUGUAACGGCUGACCAGGAGCCACACGCCCGACUGCGGAAAGCCGUGCUUCCAGCUUUCAGCGAACGUGCUUUGAGGGAGCAGGAGGACACUCUUCAGCUUUAUGCCGACAAGUUGGUGGAACAGCUCCGACACGCUAGCACAAAGGGUGCUCCCCAGGACUUGGUCAAAUGGUUUAGUCUAGCCUCGUUCGACAUCAUCAGCGACUUGGCCUUUGGACAAGCUGCCGGCUGCCUUGACGACGCAUCUCAACCAUGGCUACAGGUCAUUGGUGCUAGGGCCAAAGGCAUCGUGAGGUAUCAGUUUGCGAUUCACUACGGCCUUGAGAGUUGGCUGGAAUGGCUGGCGCCCAAGGCUCAGAAACUCGCGCUGAAGAAACACGGGGAGCUGACAGCCGCCAAAGUCAAGCGGCGGCUCCAAGACACGGAUACCAAAAGCGACUUUAUGAGCUACAUCUUGGAAAACCCACAGGCAGACCUGAGCAACGCCGAUCUGGUCAGGAUGGCCUCAGCUUUCAUUGUGGCGGGCAGCGGCACCACCGCUACGGCGCUUUCUGGGAUCACGUUCCAUUUGUGCAACGCCCCCGACAAGUUACUCAAGUUGGCGCAGGAGAUCAGAAACGCAUUCCAGAUCGAGACAGAAAUCACCAUGGCUUCGACUGCGGAAUUGAAAUACCUCAAGGCGGUGAUCGAGGAAGGAUUGAGGAUCUACCCCCCAAGCCCGAGUACUCUACCACGGUUCGUGCCUGGUACUGGUGAGGAGAUCGAAGGUAGAUGGGUACCUGGCGGUACGGCGGUGGGCGUACAUCCACUCUCGGCUGGUCACUCGAAACACAACUGGAAAACCCCCGAAGACUUUUUGCCAGAGCGAUGGUUAGAUAACGUGAGUGCCUUGGGAUCCCCCGAUGAUGACAGAUUUUCGAGUCAGCCAUUUUCUUUUGGUCCGAGGAACUGCAUCGGCAAGAGCAUGGCUUAUGCUGAGCUACGUAUCAUUAUGGCCAAGCUGCUAUGGAACUUCGAUCUCGAGUUAGUGGAGGAAUACAAAGGAUGGCCAUCGAAACAAAAGGUGUAUCUCAUUUGGCAAAAGGUACCCUUGAUGAUUCGAUGUCGGCACAGACACUCGUGA